UCAAGAUGGCGGAGAUGGACCAGCUGUUAGACGAGAGCUCCUCAGCAGAGGCACUUGUCAGCUUAAAAGAGGGCAGUUUGUCCAACACUCUAAAUGAGAAGAACAGUUUCCCCAGAGCUCACAACACUAGAGGACGACAUUCGUCCCUGACAAUGGACACGCCCACACGGAGCUCAAAAAGGAGUCGUCUGUUCCGAGAGGAGGAGGAGGAGCAGUCACCGCCACAGCGGCUUCCGUCCAGAUCCCCCAGGAGGAGCCAAAGGGUCACCACUACACCACAAAAAUUUAUUAAUGUGACAACUCCAGACAAGAAGGCGUCCCAGAAAAUUGGACUGAGAUUAAGAAACCUCCUCAAGCUACCUAAAGCCCACAAAUGGUGUAUCUACGAAUGGUUCUAUUCCAAUAUUGACAGGCCUCUCUUUGAAGGUGAUAAUGACUUCUGCCUAUGUCUGAAGGAGUCUUUCCCAAACCUAAAAACCAGAAAGCUGACACGAGUGGAGUGGGGCACCAUCAGGAGACUGAUGGGGAAACCAAGACGGUGUUCAUCAGCGUUCUUCUCUGAGGAGCGGACAGCUCUAAGACAGAAGAGGCAGAAGAUGCGCUUGCUACAACAGAGGAAACUGUCCGACUUGUCUAAUUGCAAAGACCUUCCUGAUGAGAUCCCUCUCCCCCUCAUCAUAGGAACCAAAGUAACUGCUCGACUUCGAGGCGUCCAUGAUGGCCUGUUUACUGGGCAGAUCGAUGCAGUUGACACCACUGCUGCCACCUACCGCGUCACCUUUGACCGCAACGGUCUAGGCACACACACUGUGCCUGACUAUGAAGUAUUGAGCAACGAGCCCAAUGAAACCAUGCCAAUCUCAGCCUUUGCUCAGAAGCACCGGCCUGCACGCUACCUGCAAAACUUAAUGACUCCGCCCAGAGCGGUUUACCCGUCCGCUACCACUCCUCUUCUCAUGGACAAUGACCCUCACAUCACCCAGUCUCCAUGGAAGAGUAAAUUACCUGGUGCUGAAGGGGACACACUGGGAGGGUUUCCCGUCAAAUUCCUGGUCCAAGUGACGAGGCUAUCAAAGAUACUCAUGAUAAAGAAGGAGCAUAUCAAGCACUUGAAAGAUAUGAACACGGAGGCUGAGAAACAGAAGUCGUAUUCCCUGCCUAUAAGCUUGGAUUUCCAGAAGCGCUAUGCCACCACAGUACUAGAGCUGGAGCAGCUCAAUAAAGACCUCAACAAAGUGCUACAUGAAGUUCAGCAGUUCUGCUGUGAGCUUGCUCCUGAUCAGGGUAUGGCUUCAGCUGACCGUCCAACAGAACUACGGCAGCGUUGUGAGGAGGAGGCGCAAGAAUUGGUCCAUCACCAAAACACCCGAAGGGAUGGCCAGCAGUGUGUGACCAACCCCAGCCUCACAAAUCUCAUCUCACGCCUCACCACACUCUUGCUACAAAUUAAGUGUCUGGCAGAGGAGGGAGAUCUGAAUUCAUUUGAGUUCCAGUCUCUUACAGACUCACUUAACGAAAUCAAGAGAUCGAUAGAUCCCUCCAACCUCAGUUGCUUCCAGAACAACGUGGAGAUCCACGUGGCCCACAUUCAGAGCGGCCUUAGUCAACUGGGGAACCUGCAUGCCUUUGCUGCCAACAACACCAAUGCAGUCUGAAUACCUGCAUCCUCACCAUGCACAGACACAUAGAUGAAUACACACAGAGGGAUGCUGGCCAUGUACGACUUUGAGACCAUGCGCUCCUCUGAACUAUUAUGGUUGCAUAAACAAAACAAAAUAUCUGGGCAGUUUUAUGGGGCAUAAUUACACAGUGCGAUUUUUGGACGUUGAGUGGAAAAGGGUCGGAAUUCUGUCUGGAUUUCUGAGGCUUUAUUGUGUGGAAAAAGUGUGUGUGUGUGUGUGUGUGUGGGGGGGGGGGUGCGAUUGGUGUCCCCCCCCCCCCACAUUGUAUUAAGAUGUUUUGCGCACCCACAUUAACACAGACCUUGGAAGAGCCUGUAGCCAAUUGCAACAAUUCACAUCUCAAACUUCCAGCUGGUUUUUCUCUGGUCUCAUGUGCCAAACAUUACUUCUUGCAGUUUUUAUAGUCAGUAUUUAUUUAUUUUUUCGAGUAGGUAUGUGGUUUUAAAACAAAAUUUUACUAUUUUCAAAGGUUAUCUGUAAUUGUUGUGUUCCUUUACUCCACUGAUAGUAAGCACAGGGGAGGCUAAAGAAUGUUUUGUAAAAUAGUCUGUUGUAGAUAUUUGUACAAUACCUCUAUGAUUUAUUAGGAGUAUCGCUGACAUUUCUGCUGCAUAUUCAGAAAUGGCUUUUUUAAAUUUUGUGUGCACUGAAAAGAGAUUUUGGUAUUUUUAUAAAAGAACUCUGGGUUUUCCAUGCCUUCUGAUUCCCUAAGAUGAUUUUAUCUUUUCAGAAAAGGGCAUGGCUGUUGCUGCAACCUCACAAUAAGCCUACAUCACUGAUGUAACCUAGAUGCAAAACAGAAGUGUUCCUAGAGAUCUCAGUUUCACAUGCGGUUUUGUAAAGUUAUAUAUGACGGUGCCUGAGGACACUUGUAUAUAAAUGUUGUCUUUUUAUAUUAAACAUAUG